AAAGUACAAUAAUCCGAGUCAAAAUAUAAUAAACAAGACUUAAACAUACGUAAACUCAAAACUGAGUCCUAAUUUUAGGGCCGUUUUUAGGAAAUUCAUCUUGUUUUUUAUGUUUGUCCGUGUUUUUUGUCCUCCCAAACCAUAUUUGUUUCUUUCUAUCUCUCUCUGUUUCUCUCUAAUCUCACCUCAUCAUCGUCUUCCAUUUUUUCAUAUUGCUUUGCUCUCUUGAGUUUUUUUUGUCUUUUUUAUUUCUGCUUUUUCUACACUCUCCAUCAACAUCAUCAUCAUCAAACUCAACAUCACACCACAAUCAUUUUUUCUUUUUUUACCAGCUUACAGCAAUGUUGACCCAGUUGUCUCAAAAACAUGAAAUUCCUAUGUCACCCAAUAGACGGUUUUGGAAUGAAGAAACCAACAGCGAUUCUUUGUACCAUAUUUAUUUAAAGAAAAUUACAUACUCGUCCAACAAUGAAUUAAAUGAUAGUGAUAUCAGUGAUCCCAGUGGAUACCGACGAUCUGAUCGGAAGCUUAAAAAAGAUGAAAAUCUCAAUGGUAAACGAAUAACUCGGGUUGAUCAAUCGGAAGAUCGGCGGAGACGCUCAAAAUCAGUUGAUAAAAAUGAAAUUCAGUUUCUUGAUUAAAGUUAGUCCGAAAACUCGUUAUGGCUUGAUUUGCCUACUUCAAUUAAUCUAAAUUGUAAAUAGAUUGCUUCCUUUGUAAAUUCAAGUCAACAGUAUAUUCUGUCAGUGACUAUUACUCUACUUUUCCAAGUCUACAUCAAUUUCCCCAAGAGGAUGUAAUCAAACUGCUGUUUUUCAAGAGCCUUCAAUGGGAGACACGUCGUGUUCGUAUUUUAAAAGCUGCCACCAUGGACCACAUAAUUGAAUUCAUUUUACUGUUAACUCCUCAUCAACGAGACACAGAAUUAACAUCACGAAAUCAUCAUUGUACGUCACAAAUGGAAGAGGAACGUAAUGAUGUUACUCAUAUUAUGCAUGUUUUAUUUUGCACUUUCCGGAUCUACUGUUCACCCCAAGAGCUUUUCACCAUUUUUAUCAAGCAUUCAAAGAAAGCAUCUCCACAGCAAUUGCGAUUUGUAAUCCAUUACUGGUUAAGAUACUAUCCAGAAGAUUUUUUAGCUCCUAUGGAUAAUAACUCAAAAAUAGACUCUGGUUCAGAUUCUAGCGCAAGCUGUAACGUAAACUCAACUCAUUCACUUAAAAAAGAAACAUCAGUUAGCGAUGCUUACACCAACACUUCGUCACCUUCCUCUUCAAUAUCUUCAUCUUCAUCUACUUCCUCAUCAACAAGCAAUUACACUAGCUCUAUCAAUGACAGACGAAGCGAUAAAAAAGAGAGUGAAUUAUCAGAAUCAGUUACGAGCAGUAAAUCUAGAAGUAAAUCAUCAUCUACAUCAUCAGUUUCAUCUUCUGUUUCAUUAACUUCUCAGUCAUCAAACCAAAGAAUAUUAUUAGAUCUAUUACUAGAAUUGCCUUGUAUCGAUGAUACACUCUUUCGAAAAGCUCAUACAUUUGUUGAACAGCACAAAGCUCAACUAUCUGAUAAUUCAAACCAAAAUUCUAAUAAACACAAUAGUAAUGGAAGUAAUCCUAUCAACAAAUCACCAUCAUAUUGCAUAAUUGAUUUAGAUACAAAAUUUGUAGCGCAACAAUUGACUGCUAUUGAUUUGGAAAAUUUUUUAUCACUCAAACCAUAUACUUUAUUGAAUGGCCAUCGACACAAUCCAAGAGUUCAAAAUAUGAUACGAAAUUUUAAUCUUUUAUCUAAACACGUUGUUGUUACCAUAUUAAAAGCUCAUUCUCCUGAUCUAGUCACUACUCAUUGGAUUAAUAUCGCCCAACAAUUACGAAAAAUGAAAAACUUUAACUCACUUAAGGCUGUUAUUGCAGGAUUAAGUAAUGAAUCUGUAUUUCGUUUGAAACAAACAGUUUGGUCUAAAAUAAGUAAAACGACUGAAGCAACAUUUAAACAUCUUUCUACAAUUGUUGAUGAUGUUGAUAAUCAAACAUUGCUUAGACAAACUCAACUUGAAAUUGAAGGAACUGCUAAAGUCUGCAUCGAAGAAGAAUCGUUUGGUACAAUACCUUACCUUGGUACUUUUUUAACUGAUCUAACUUUCAUUGAUACUAAAUCUAGUAACUAUCUUGAAAAUCCUAAACCGGGUGGAAAAAGACUUAUUAAUUUAGAAAAAUGUUGCAAACAAUUUGAAAUCAUUACUCAAAUUCAUUUACUUCAACAAAAUAUUAAAGCAUCAUUAAAUGCAUUUCAGCAAUCUCAACAAUUAAGCGGACUUUCUCAACUCCCAUCAUACAAUAGUACUCCAAACGUACCAAGAAUCGUUGUUGCUCGUUUAUUCAGAGCCUGGUUUCAAGAUUCAGUAAUAGCUGAAAUGACAGAUAAUGAUUGUUACAAGUUAUCACUCGCCUUGGAAACAUCACAAACUCAAAAGAAAUGAAGAUUCAUGAGCACUGCAUUAAUGCCUUUUUUAUAUAAAUUUAUAAAGAUAUUUUUCUACAUAAUUAUAACAAGCGACAUUUUUUGCAUUUGCAUUUUAAACUGCAAUCAAUGACCAAAAGAAUCUCUGUUCAUCUCUUGUUUUAAAAUCUAUUGCAUUUUAUCCCAAAAAUUUAACUAUCCAGUUAAAUACCGUAUCUCAAUCAAACCCAAAAAUAUUCUCACAAUCUAUACAUUUUUUAAAAAGUCCCACUUUUUGUUAAAACCAAACCAAACCCAAACCAAAAAAACAACUGUUUUUAUGUUCUUUUUUUUUGUUUUUUUUAUACAAAACCUAAGAUACUAAAUAUUUAUCCGAAAAAUUUCAAGUUUCACCAUCA